ACCACCUGCAUCGCCGUAGACUCACCACAUUGAUUGCGCGCUUCCCUUCUCACACUCCUUCCUCUUCUUACUCGCUUCGGAAAUUUGCUGGGGAUGCGGUUGGCCUCGGCGGGCGGUGUUUGGGCUUUGUCGCGCUCUCCAGUUUGACAUCACAGCGCGUGUGCACAAGCAACCUCUCAGCGUCAAAGGAACAAAGCUCCCCUCUACUUGCACUGCACUCUCUCGCGCAACCAUGACUUCUGCCGCGCAGCUGAGCCAGCUGGAGUCGGCGCGCUCGCUGGCGCUGGGCGACGGUAGAUACUAUCCAACAAUCAUCCCCGGCGUCCUUCCCAUCAUCAAUCCACAUGCGAGCCUCGAGGUACGCCGGUGGGGGGCAGAUUUCCUCGCCGAAACGUUUGCCGCGCCUACAUGGCCGCCAGACACAAAGGAAACGGUCGCCUUGACGGUCCUGGAGACGCUGAAGGAGUAUCUCGAGGUGGUGCAGGACAGCGGCGUCGUCAGGAGCGCCAUCCAGGCGGCAGCAAGCAUCUACCCGUUAGUUUACAGACACAUUAUCGCGGACCCCAACGAUAGCGGCCACUGGGAGCUCAUGGUCGCCAUCAAAUCGAACAUACUGCGGCGGAUGGACUCGGCCCUUCCAGGCGUGCGAAUAUGCUGCAUCAAGUUCGUUCAGCAGGUGGUGCUGGUACAGACGCCCGGCACCGUGGAUCCCAGGCGGCCUGACCACAGCGAUAUCUCCCUCGCCCUCGUGCCGCGCGAACACCCGCUUAUACCGUAUGCGAAUCUCGAGGCGGAAGGCCACGGCCUACUCGACCGGCUGUUGGACAUCAUACAUGGGGAUCACAGUGAUGCAUUGCUGGUCACGGCUGUGCUCAACAGCUUGGGCAUGCUGAUACAGCGCCGGCCGAUUGUCGCGAACAAGAUACUGUCGAGCGUCCUCAACUUCAAUCCGCUCAAGCUCGCAAACUCGCCCAUGACACCGAAGAACAGGGUUAUCAUGAAGUCGAUCGAGCGAACCACCCGAGCUUUGCUUAUUAACGUUUUGAAGAGGAACCCCGAAAAUCCGAUUAAUGGGCGCAUACAGCAAUAUCUAGAGCGCAUACAUCGCAUGCGCCUUGAUGUGUUCGACGAGUCGAACCGCAAGAGACCGGCUCCUGCCGAGCCAACUGACGGGCUGGACUCUGCGAAACGGCAGCGCUUGGGGGCUACCGUGCCUAAUAAUGCCACCGCUUCUGUCCCCGCCCUGCCACCCGGUCCAGUGAGCUAUCGGCAACUUUUUACUCUGGAUCCGAACGGCGACACAGCAGGUUUGGACGUGCAAAUAUUCAGGGAUCCAGAGCAGCUUCAAAGGAUACUUGUGCCUGUCCUGCAGUCUAUUGACGAGACGAAGCUGGCCAAUGCUAUCAAUAUUGUUCGCUCUCGCUACUUGGGUCUCGUCCAAGCUACUAGAACCGCCCCUACGCCGGUAGCCCCCGCUAUCGAUGAAGAAGAGGAAUACGAGCCGGACUUUGAGCCCGAAGAUGCCGAACAAGCUGUGAACAGGCUCGAUAGCCUUCCGCCGACUGACCUCCCUCCCACCCCAUCGGCGCCUCUAGUGCCAUAUAAGCUUCCCGAAGCACCCCCGCUCACAGAACAGGAGGUUCACAAAUAUGGCGAUAUGACGGUCCGCCGCGCAAUCGGCAUGCUCAGCGGAAUCGACGAGAAAGAGAAGAGCAAAGGUGCUAAGGGCGGUUUCAACAGGCUUGCUGCAAGCGACUACGGAAGAGACGCUUGGGUUACUAUCCUGUCGCGGCUGGCUACGCGUGCCAGUGCCGGCCUUGAGGACCCCAAUGAGGGAAUCAAAGAUGAGUAUGCCGUAAAACAUGGUAAGGGCAGUCCGUCCAUCAGCGACGCGGUGAGAGACGGACUGUAUCAGUACAUCUUGUACGACUGGAAGAAGCGCAUCGACGUCGCAAUAUCCUGGUUGAACGAGGAAUGGUACAACGACACAAUCCUUGCACAAGAGGCGAAGAAAGCCGCCAAGGCCAACAGCAUCAACGGAAAUGUGGGAUCUGCGGUGUCCGAAGCACCAAAGGGGCAUUACCAUCGCUGCACGCUCCGCCUACUGGAUGGCAUCCUUCCCUACGUCGAACAUACAGACAAAGUUCUGCUCCGCCUCCUUUCCGAGAUACCGGCUCUCGACCACGAGAUCCUGCGCCGCGUCAGGAAGAUGGCGGAGGAUCCAGAGCGUAUUGAGCUGGCCUGCAUGGUGCUCCACUACCUGUACCUAUUCCGCCCACCAGCAAGAGACGUUGUAGUAGACGUCUUGACGGAGAUCUGGAGGACCAACGACCGGGCGAAACCGAGCGCAAGGAAGCAUUUGAUGCGGUGGAAGCCGGAAGUCCUCCGGGAAGAAGAAGCGAACGGGAUGGUGGGAGACGGUGGCGCGGUCAAGAAAGAAGGAGAGACUCAGUUGGAAAAAGAAAGCGCGAACGGUGCGCUUGAAGUGAAGGCUGCUUAGUGAGCGUCUUACGUUCUGGCGGCCAGUGCUCGGUUCCAAGGUUCUAUUCAAGAUGUGUACAGUUUCUGGAAGGCUUCCGUGGUUAUGCAUUCAUGGGUAAGGUAGGGGCGAUUGCGCAAGCGGAUACGUCUUCAGUGUUUCUCUGGUGUCUUGACAUACCGCCGAGCGAAGACGACUCUGUUUAUAGCACAGUACAGUCUGCGGAGCGGGGAGCCAGCUUCCACCAUCAGAAAAUCAAGCAGAGAAAUUCGCGAUCACAAAUAUUCCUGACCUCUCGCAGUUUGUGCGAAUUUUUGUUCCAUUGCUC